AUGCCUGAUAUAGAGAACUAUCCGUUGCCCGCGAAGUUCAAGAUACCUAGCAUGAAGCCUUACGAUGCGACCACGGAUCCGGAGGAUCAUUUGUUUGCAUUCCUGACCCAAAUACGUCUGCAAACGGCAGCAGAUGCGGUCAGGUGCAAGACUUUUCUCAUGUUUCUGGAGGGGAAGGCACGUCAGUGGUUCCAGGGGCUUCCCCCCAAGUCCAUUAGGUCCUUUGCUCAGCUUGCUCGGCUGUUUGCAGCCCAAUUUGUCUCAUCACGAGCCUUCUCCAAGAGCACGGCGCACCUAAUGACCAUUCAGCAAAGGCCCGAGGAAUCCUUACGCGAAUACAUGGUGCGUUUCAAUAACGAGUCCCUUCAGGUCAGGGAUCGCGAUGACAAGGUGGUCAUGGCAGCCUUCAUCAACGGGCUGCGCAAACAGAAGCUCUACACCGAGCUGGUGGAGAGACCACCCAAGUCAGUUCGGGAGAUGCUAGACCGCGCGCACGAGAAGGCCAAUGCGGAGGAGGACAACCGCUUGAAGAGUGCGCAGGAAAGACUGAGGGACGACAAGCGCAGGAGGGGCACUGACCAGGUGGAUGCGCGAUCUGUCUUGGGCAGGAAGAGUGCCUACGACUGUCCACCCAGGAACCGCCCCAUGGGGAGAGACAAACCCUGGACUACACUUACUGCGCCCCGCGCUCGGGUCCUCGCGGUGAUGGAGCAGGAGGGGCUGUCCCGACCUCCCCGACCCCUGGGUGGGGACAAAAGUAGACGAGACCAGGGGCUAUAUUGUGCAUAUCACCGAGACGUAUGGCAUGACACGGAGGACUGUCGUCACCUUAAGAAGGACAUUGAAAAAUUGAUCAAACGAGGUCACUUGGGGCAGUUCGUGCGAGACGAACGAGCUGAUCCCCAACGGGGAAGGCCUAGGUCGGAACGACCGAGCUACCCCCCUAACCGACCUCAGGGGCAUCGAGGCCGAACUCCCGAGCAGGAAACACAGAAUCUGGCAGGGGUGAUUAACACCAUUGCCGGGGGACCUGCCGGCGGGGAUAGUCAUACAGCUCGGCGGCACAACCGCCCCCCUCCCACGGGGGAGAGCUCGGCGAAGCGAUUGAAGGUAUAUGAGGAAAUUAUCUAUGGACCUGAGGAUGCAGUACCUCUGGCUUCUAAUAACCAUGAGGCCAUCGUGAUAGAGGUCGUCACCUGUAACUACAAGGUGAAAAAGGUAUACAUAGACAAUGGAAGUGCCAUAGAUGUGCUGUAUUACAAAACCUUCAAGGAGCUGCAGCUGGAAGACAGGCAACUCAUCCCGGUGCGAACUCCGUUAAUCGGGUUUGCAGGUCCUCCUGUGAGGCCAGAAGGAAUGAUAACCCUCAUGGUCACAGUGGGAGUUUCACCGAGGUGCCGGACUGUUCCGGUGAACUUUACGGUGGUGAAAGAGCCCUCUUCCUACAACAUAAUCCUGGGACGGCCAACUUUGAAUGCCCUCCGAGCUGUUUGUUCCACUUUGCACCUCAGUAUGAAGUUCCCCACCCCGGAUGGGGUGGCAGAGGUGCUCGGAGAUCCGGAAGUAGCCAGGGCCUGCUAUAUUGCCACCCUUAAAGGCAAGGAGAAAUUGGUAGCCCAAACUACUUGUUUAGAACCUUGGGAGCCCCUGGAGAAGGGGGAAAGGUUGGAGACGGAUGAAGGGCUGACCGAGUUGCCUGUCCGCCUUGACCAGCCUGAGCCCACGGUCAAGGUCGGCACCUGCCUGGGCGAUUCAAUUCGGGAUUCCUUGCAAUCUCUCUUAGAAGAGUACGCAGAGAUCUUUGCAUGGAGUGCAGAUGACAUGCCAGGUGUCCCGACCGAGCUGGCCGUUCACAGGCUGCAUGUGGACCCCGGCGUCCGACCUGUGAAGCAGAAGAAGAGGAGCUUUGCUCCCGAGCGAAAGGAGGUCGUCCGAGGCGAGGUGAGUAAGCUGCUGGAGGCUAAGAUCGUUAAGGAGGUCUACUACCCAACCUGGCUAGCCAACCCGGUGCUGGUCAAGAAGGAGGAGAAGGUAUGGAGGAUGUGUGUGGAUUUCACAGACUUAAAUAAGGCCUGCCCAAAGGACUGCUACCCACUUCCACGGAUUGAUCAGCUGGUGGACUCAACAGCGGGUUAUGAGAUUUUCUGUUUCUUGGACGCUUUCAAGGGGUACCAUCAGAUAGCCCUGGACGAGGAGGAUCAGGAGAAGACCUCGUUCAUCACCGAGGACGGAACCUAUUGCUAUGUCACCAUGCCAUUCGGGCUAAAAAAUGCAUGCGCGACCUACCAGAGGUUGGUAAACAAGUUAUUCAAGAAUCAGGUCGGCCGAAACCUGGAAGUCUACGUGGAUGAUAUGUUAGUAAAAAGUCGCACUCAGGAGCAAUUCAUCUCUGACCUAAGAGAAGUUUUUGAGGUCCUCCGGAGCUCACGGAUGAGGCUAAACCCAAAAAAGUGUACCUUUGGGGUCAGAUCGGGAAAAUUCUUGGGUUACAUGAUUUCUAGAGAAGGGGUGAGGGCUAACCCGGACAAAAUCAAGGCUAUUAUGGACAUGGCUCCACCUCGGAAUAUUAAGGAGGUGCAACGUUUGACUGGGAGGAUGGCGGCCUUGAACAGGUUCCUGUCUAAAUCGGCGGUUCGGGGGUCGCCUUUCUUUAAGGCCCUGAAGGGAGGUCGGCAGUUUGAAUGGAGUCUAGAGUGCCAAAAAGCGUUUGAUGAGCUAAAGGAACACCUCGCUCGGUUGCCAGCCCUGACCUCUCCCGAGUUGGGGGAAACCCUGUUCAUCUACUUAGUUGCGGGAGAGGGGGCCAUUAGCGCGGUGCUGGUUCGGGAGGAAAACAAAGUCCAGAAACCCGUAUACUAUGUCAGCCGCGCCCUGCAGGGAGUCGAGGCAAGGUACUCGGCCGUAGAACGGUAUGUUUUGGCAUUAGGACAUGCAGUUCGGAAGCUCAGGACGUACUUCCAAACUCAUCCUGUGGUGGUUAUGACGGACCAGCCCCUGAAGCAGAUCCUCUCCAAGCCCGAGUCCUCGGGUCGAAUGGUGAAAUGGGCUGUGGAAUUAUCAGAGUACGAUCUGGGAUAUCAGCCUAGGACAGCCAUCAAGGCUCAAGCAUUAGCAGACUUCAUAGCAGAUGGCGUUUCCUUUGGACCGCCCGAGACAGACGUCAAUCAGGCUAAAGCCUUACAAACCCCGAAAACUACCAAGACCACGCAGACCCAAGAAGCAGCAGAGGUCGCAAAAGCCGGAGACGCUGCCGAGGUCACCAGGUCGGCCAGGUAG